AUGUCCAACAGCAGCUCCUUCAAUGAGUUCCUCUUACUGGCAUUCUCAGAAACGCGGGAGCUGCAGCUCUUGCACUUUGCAGUGUUUCUCUGCAUCUACCUGUUUGCCCUCCUGGGCAAUGGCCUCAUCAUCACAGCCAUAGUCUACGACCACCACCUGCACUCCCCCAUGUACUUCUUCCUUCUCAAUCUCUCUGUCCUGGAUAUGGGCUCCAUCUCCACUACUGUUCCCAAAUCCAUGGCCAAUUCUCUGUUGGACACCAGGGCCAUUUCCCACUUGGGAUGUGCUGCCCAGGUCUUUUUCCUCUUUUUCCUCCUUUCAGCAGAGGGUUCUCUUCUCACUGUCAUGGCCUAUGACCACUUUGCAGCCAUCUGCAGACCCUUGCACUACGAGAUCCUCAUGAGCAGCAGACCUUGUGCCAGAAUGGCAGCAGCUGCCUGGGGCCACACCAUCAUGAUUGCCUACCUCAAGCCCCCCUACAUUUCCUCCCCAUCCCUGGACCUGGGGGUGGCUGUUCUGUACGUGGUGGUGCCUCCCGCCAUGAACCCCCUCAUCUACAGCUUGAGGAACAAGGAGCUCAAGGAUGCACUGAGAAAAUUGCUUCAGCGG